AUGUCCGGCGGCAAGGAGCCUGGGGGGCACCCCCCGGGCCCGGCCCCCCAGCACGCCCAGUACGUGGGGCCCUACCGGCUGGAGAAGACCCUGGGCAAAGGCCAGACGGGGCUGGUGAAGCUGGGCGUUCACUGCAUCACGGGGCAGAAGGUGGCCAUCAAGAUCGUGAACCGGGAGAAGCUGUCGGAGUCGGUGCUGAUGAAGGUGGAGCGGGAAAUCGCCAUCCUGAAGCUGAUAGAGCACCCGCAUGUGCUGAAACUGCACGACGUCUACGAGAAUAAGAAAUAUUUGUACCUGGUGCUGGAGCACGUCUCGGGCGGGGAGCUCUUCGACUACCUGGUGAAGAAGGGGCGCCUGACCCCCAAAGAGGCUCGUAAGUUCUUCCGGCAGAUCGUCUCCGCCCUGGACUUCUGCCACAGCUACUCCAUCUGCCACCGUGACCUCAAGCCGGAGAACCUGCUGCUGGACGAGAAGAACAACAUCCGGAUCGCGGACUUCGGGAUGGCGUCCCUGCAGGUCGGGGCCAGCCUGCUGGAGACCAGCUGUGGCUCUCCCCACUAUGCAUGUCCCGAGGUGAUCAAGGGUGAGAAAUACGACGGGCGCCGGGCCGACAUGUGGAGCUGCGUCAUUCUCUUCGCCCUGCUGGUGACCCCCAUCCCCUAG